CCCUCUCUUUCGCCCCCCCUCUUCAUGUUCUUAUAUCUUAACGAAAAUGUACUUCAAGAAUUCACUUCUUCCUUGAAAGUUGAAACUAUCUCAAGAAAAUGGCAACUAAUUCAUUCAAGUCUAUUCAUCACCACCAUACAAUAAGGAGAAGGCAUUCUAUUGAUUGCCCUUUUUCUUCCUCUUCCUUUUUUCUCAAACCAAUUAUCAAACACCCCUCUUCAACUUCAUAUUCCAAUCACAAUCUCAUCACUUUUUCACUUUCCUCCACCACCCCUGCCACCACCCCUGCCACCACCCCCACCACCCCAUUUGACAUUCUUGAACAACACUUAUCAGCUCAAGAUUUCAGACAAGCUGAUGAGGAAACUCGGCGUCUACUCAUAGUUUUAGCAGGAGAAGCAGCAGUUAAACGAGGCUAUGUUUUCUUCUCUGAAGUUCAGUUCAUUCAAGAAUCUGACCUCAAAGAAAUUGAUUCCCUUUGGAAAAAAUACAGCGACAACAAAUUUGGGUACAGUGUUCAAAAGAAAAUAUGGAACAAAGUGAACAGAGAUUUUACUAGUUUUUUUAUUAAAGUUGGGUGGAUGAAGAAACUAGAAAGCAGUGAAGUAGAGCAGUAUAAUUACAGGGCAUUUCCAAAUGAAUUUAUUUGGGAAUUAAAUGAAGAAACCCCAGAAGGACAUUUGCCAUUAACAAAUGCACUAAGAGGAACUCAACUUUUGAGUAGCAUUUUUACUCAUCCUGCAUUUGUUGAACAAGGAGAAGAAGAGAAAGAUGAGGAAAAACAAGCAAGUAUUUCUGGGGAAGAUAAAGCAAGUCUAAACAAAGGAGGAUUGUUGGGUGGUUUGAGGAGUAAAUUAUUUGGUAAACCUGAUUACAGCUUUUGAACUUUGAAAUGUCAUUUCACUCUAUUUGUAUAAGUGAUUAUUAAUCACUACACAAAAAAAGUAGUAGCAUUGUGUGAUAAAAAAUGAAUGAACUAGAGCCCUUUUUUUUUAACGUGUUCUUAUGAAAAAUACAUCAGUUGGAGGUUCUUCUUCUAGUUUUUUAUUUUAUUUUUGGGGUUUAAUGUGUUUGUAUCACAUGGUUCAUUGACAGUGCAAUACUCUUCAUUGCCUUCUCAUCUAA